UUUUUAACAAUGGUUGCCACUCCUUCUACAGAAAGGACUAGCCAUGUUCUCAUAAUAGGUGCAAGUGGGUUCAUGGGACAUUUCAUUGCUCAAGCCAGCCUAGAUUCAGGUCAAACCACUUAUGUUCUAACCAGAUCAUCAUCAGCACUUUCGUCUUCUAAGAUUAAAGCUCUCCACGAUAAUGGUGCCAUCAUCCUACAUGGUGACAUUGAAAAGCAUGAAGUGAUGGUGAAGAUCAUGAAGGAGCAUGAAAUAGAUAUUGUUAUAUCAAUUGUUGGUGGUGAAGCCAUAUUGCACCAAUUAAUCCUUGUCCAUGCUAUUAAAUCCGUUGGAACCAUUAAGAGGUUUUUGCCAUCGGAAUUUGGUCAUGAUGUCGACAGGGCGGAUCCUGUGGAGCCGGGACUGAGCAUGUACAAGGAGAAGCGGAGAGUGAGGCAGCUCGUUGAAGAGUCCGGUAUACCAUACACUUAUAUAUGUUGCAACUCCAUAGCUUCAUGGCCAUAUCAUGAUAAUAUUCACCCUUCGGAUGCCCUUCCUCCUUUGGAUCACUUUGAUAUUUAUGGAGAUGGCUCCAUUAAAGCUUAUUUCGUCGCAGGCAGCGAUAUAGGAAAGUUCACCAUGAAAACGAUCAAUGAUACCCGAACUGUUAACAAGGUUGUACAUUUUCGACCACUGGUAAACCAUCUUAACAUCAACGAGCUUGCUUGCUUAUGGGAGAAGAAGAUUCAAAGAACUCUCCCAAGAAGAAUUGUAUCCGAAAGUGACCUCUUGAAAGCAGCAUCAGAGAAUAUAAUCCCACAAAGUAUUGUGGCAGCAUUCACCCAUGACAUAUUCUUUAGAGGUUGUCAAACAUUCUUCUCGGUUAGUGGCACUAAAGAUGUAGAGAUAGGCGACCUCUACCCCGAUGAAUGUUUUCGAACGAUGGAUGAGUGUUUUGAAGAGUUUCUGAUGAAGUUGAAGGAGAAGCCAGUUGAAGGUAGUUAAGUCAUCAGCUUGGCUUGACUUUAACUUGGUAUUACUCGUGUGUUAGACCAUCCGCAAUGAUUUAUUUAUACGCUUGUUUAUGGAUUUAUAUUUUAUGUCACGUCUGUUUUUAAAUAUCACUAUAAACCUUUGUAAUGCAUCUAUCAGUACAAAUAUAUCCAUAUGUUUAUAAACAUCCUUAAACAUUCUUAUGAA